AUGUCACAGAUCAUUGCAUUUGUCACUGGCGCAACUGGCCAUCAGGGCGGUGCGACUGCUCGAGAGCUCCUAAGCACUGGCGUCAAAGUCCACGCACUUGUUCGGGACCCAUCAUCCAAAACCGCCAUUGAGCUCCAGCGUCUCGGAGCGCAGUUGUUCCCCGGAAAUUUCGAUGAUGUAUCUUCACUCAAGACUGCGGUCAAAAGAGCGACCGCCGUGUUUCUCAACGUCAUGCCGGCGUUUCCUGACACCAACCUGGAGGUGGUUCAUGCAAAGAACAUCAUCAGCGCCGCUAUCGAAUCUGGAACAGUCACCAGCAUAGUCUAUUCCAGCGUCACCAUGACAGGAAAACACGAAAGCUUUCCAAAUUGGGGGCCUGACUACCCCAUGGCGUGGUACUGGCUGAACAAAGCCCAGAUCGAGUCAAUGGUGCGAGAAUCUGGUAUUCAAUAUUGGACGAUUCUUCGACCGGCUUUUCUCAUGAACAACUAUCACAAGCCGACAGCAUCUUUCAUGUUUCCCGAAUUGGGUCAGAGACGAGUCUUUCUGUCGGCAUACAAGCCCGAGACUGCGAUGACGGUGGUUGAUCCAAACGACGUUGGCAAGUUUGCGGCAGCUGCAAUUAAUGAUCCUCUGGCAUUCGACGAACAUGAGGUAGACUUGGGUGUCGAGUCACUUACGCCAGCUCAGAUUGUGCAGGAGCUGAGUCGGGUUAGCGGAGUGGACAUUGGGCUCGAGUUCUAUGGUGAGGAAGAAGCGAAAGAUCUUGCGGUGAGAAACCCCAAGAUCUAUGCCGAGUUGUGGGCGAAUGAAGUUGGAUAUCAAGUCGACUUUGAGAAGCUGGAGAGAUAUUCUAUCCGGCUCACCAAGUUCUCGGAAUAUCUUGAGGAGCACAGAGACGAGGUCAUCCAGACAUUUGCUUGA